AACUCUCGUUCCAAAAUGGCUACUGUAAACAUGACAAUCAAUUAUCGUGAUGGAACUUCUCGAACCAUAUCACAACCAGUCAGUGAAGACAAGAGUGGUUUUAAUUACAAUCAUUUAAAAAAAUCUGUAUUAUCUGUACAUGAUCAAAGCAAUGUCAUUCUUACUAACAUUGUAGAAGAAGAGAAAAACCAAUUGCCUCAACGCAAUAUUCCGACAUCAACAAUAACAACAACAGUGUCAACAGGUCAGACGUAGAUGGGUCUAGCAGACUAUAGAAAUAUUUAAUUAAUUUGCGUGCUCCAUGAUUAUGAUUGGGGUAAUCUACCACUUCAGCAUCGGGUAAUUUAAAUUAUUAUUCUUUUAUUGAUGGCCAUUAAUAGUACAGUUAAGUUGGUACAGUGUGGCAGUGGGUGGAGAGAUUUUUAGAAGGCGACUGGACUGGAUUUUUGGUAGUAUGGUAGUGUAGAAAGAAAGAGUGGGCUCUGUUUUCUUGUCGAAGUGCCAGACUGAUGUGCAAUCAUGCUACUGAAGUGCAUAGAGUAUUGAGAGAUCCAUCCUUCCAGGCUCACAUGUUGUAUCAAACCGAUGGGCAGUUUAUGCAAACAUAAAAUAUGAUAAACUAAACUACAUCAAAAACACGGAAUCUAUGUACACUCAGUUGCGAUUAAUCAACAAAAUUUUGUAGAUCUUAAUGAUGCUGGUGUUGAAUAUGUGUGGAUGCGCUCUAAGUGCAAACUGAAAAGACAGUUUGGCACAAGCCUGAUCAUUUCCCUUUAUAUUUGCAUGAGUUCAUGUUCCACAAUCAUUUUCGUGGAGAUGAAAAUUCUGUUUUCGUUUCAUACAUUAAUUUGCUGAAAAUUUUUCUGUUUAAAAAAUGAUUGAAAUUGUUGAAAUUUUAUAUUUUUAAAAUUUUGUCUUUUAUAGAUCAAAUAUAUGUACUGAAAAGAAUAUGUAAAAUGUCAUAAAAAACAUUUACAUUUAUUUGGAUCAAUAAAAGAAUUUCAUUAUAUAAAUAAAAGAAUAUUCGUUUCAAUAGCACUUCAAACUGGAACAACGUGAUAUUUUAAUAACAGACGCUCAAGUGGUAAAUUACCUUGAUUGGUCAUUGAUAAGUCAUAUUAAUUUGGUUAAUUUUAGGCAUGACGUUCCCUUCUGUUCUAACAUGUUUUUACGCUACUUUUUUCCCCACAUGGCCUCCAUCUUUGUUGCCAUGACGGCAACUACCUAACCUGAGUGCUAAGUCAGUAUCCCUAAGUCAAGCAUAAAUUCACCCCUAAAUUUAGCCCACCCUAACUGGAGAGUAAAUCUUCAAGCCUAAAAUCUCUGACCUAAUGUCAACCCUAAAACCAAGUGUUCCUGUGCUACAGUUACACACUGUAAUGAGAAAAUCGCAAAUUUGAAUGAAAAGAUUAAAACUACUGGGUACUUUUAGAAUAUUCAAAAUAAUUUAAAUCCAACUUACAGUUUCAUCGAAUACACUUUAACACACUUUAUAAAUCCAAAAGAUGUCAGAAAAGUCAAUAUCCAUUUUACAAAGGGAUCACAAAAUCACACAGACAAAAUAGCCUUGUUUUGAAAUAUUUUAAUUAAACACGCUAUGAAAUAUAUUCUUUAAAAGCCAUCAAUCAAAAACUUCCUUUAGAAAUCAAAAACUUCCUUUAGAAUAUUAAUUUUUUUUUUUAAAUAUAAAACUCUAGUAACAAUCCUCGGGAGCAAAACGUCAGGUGUACAUUGUCCUUUAUUUAAUAUUAAAUUUUUCCUCUACUUUUAUAUGAUAAUCUCAUAAUUUAUUACAAUAAUUUAAAUUAAACAAAAUUGUCAAAUUAAAAAAUAUAUUUUAAAAAAUCAGUCUAUCAAUAAGUUUGUUUAUUGUCUUGUCAGCCAGAUGGUGGCCAAAUAUUUUCUCUUUUUCCCAGUCUCAGUCCAAAAACAAUUUUUAUAGAGUAAAAUUAUCUAGGUAAGUUUAAAAAUAAAAACUUAACACAGAGGUGUCAGCUAACAGUGGGGUCACACGGUGCGGUAUUGACUGUCUAUGUCUUCAAUUAUCUGAUCUCAUCCACGCCUCCGCUUUCCUAAGCAGAAACCAUGUUUAUCCUAGUAAGCAGCUGACUAGGGAAAUAGCACUCAGGCGAAGAUGCCAAAUGUGAGACUUGGCUACGUUGUAGAAAUCUAUAGACGUUAGUGACAUGAGUGAGUUGAUGUGUCCUUGUAAAGAGCGGACCAGAAAAAUGUAAUAGCAGACUAGGGAAGCAUAAUGAGCAGACCAGGGAAACAAUUUUGUUCCGAGGUGUAAACCAGAGACAUGGCACGUGCACAUGAUCUUGACGUACUGUAACACUAUUGUUGCGGUGUAACAUAACGCUAUUGUUACAGUUCAGCUAUGGAUGAAGAAGAAUGUAUCAGUGGCACUGCGAUAUUUUUUCACCUACUACCAUGAAAAAAUUUAUCAGUUGGCUAAAAAUGUGGCCCCUCCAGAUAAAGAAACAAAUGCUGCUCAAGGCUUACCGCCCCCUUCCUAGGCCACUCGAAUGUCUUUUUCUUCGCAGUUGUCAGUCAUCUCAUAGUAGGCAAAUAAGGGUUUUAAGUGGUCCUUGGUUGGUCAGCUCUUAUUUCAUUAGAGGGACUAGGUUGGUUAGUGGACACCUAAGAAGACUUAGGUUUGCACUGAGUAAAAUGAGUAAUGUAAUAUAUAAAAUAUAUAAUUAUAAUAGGAGGGACUCAUUUUGCUCUAUUAGUUAUUUUUUUGUUCUGGUGUUCACUUCCCCAUUGCUGUAUAUUUCAUUAUUUGGCCGUUGUUUGCCUCUUUGUAAAUCACCAAAAAUUUAUUGACAAAAGAAUUGUCACAAAUUUGUAACAAAAAUAUAUUCUAUACUUUAUUAUAAACCCCAAUUUUUUUUUUUAAAUCUAGACAUGUGACAUCAUUAAUGGAUGGCGGACUGGGUGGAGGAGACACGGCACCCAGUAUAUAGAAAAUAGUACCCCCACGACCGUGGCUUAACUUGGGUUUGUGCCACUUGGGGUUGGCCAGUAUUUAUAUUAGAACAAAAAGACAAUAUUUUACUAAUAAAAUCCUUUUCCCUGAAGUAAGUUUAUUAUUUUUAAAAAAAUUAACUAAGAAACAAAAAAACGCUAUUCCAUUAGCAUUGAAUUUAUUGCGCUUGAGCUAAAAUAUGAGAUUACCCUUUUACAGCAUGUAUUCCAUUAUUUGUGGGUUAAAUAUGCCUAUACAAAUUUUGUAAUGCCUAAUACCUAGAAGUUUUAAAGAAGUUAGGCAAGUUCAUUCAAAUGUCAAGUUGCAUUUGUGGUUACAUUAUAUUGGCAUUAUAAAUAAUAAGCCAAACUAUUUUUCUGGAGUCAUUUAUUCCUUGGAUGCAGCACGACAUAGGUUGGGAAGUUGUAAAUACGACAUAGGUUGGGAAGUUGUAAAUGACGACACAGGUUGGGAAGUUGUAAAUGAUGACAUAGGUUGGGAAGUUGUGAAUGAUGACAUAGGUUGGGAAGUUGUAAAUGUAAAAAAAAAAUCCUAAAUAAAAACUCAAAUUUUUGUAGGCCUAUCCCUAUCGAGAGACUAUCCAACAACAACUACUUUUUUUUUCUUUUUAAAUAAGUUCCAGAAAAUAAAAAUUUCCCUUUUGACUUUGUGUUAGCAAUUAAACAGGAUCUCUAAUAUGUUAGUUUGCAUUUUAUUUUUUACAUCAUAAAGGCUAAAGGCAAUACAUUAAUGAUGUCACAUUUUUUUAAACCUGAGUUUUAAUUUUUUUAAAACAAUUUUUAAGCACCCCCCCCCCCCCCCUUCUUGGUCCUAGAUGUGAAAGUCAUUUAUGGAUGGCCUUUAUGCUGUAACAAAUAUUUUGGAAGUGUAAAUUGACAUAUAAUUUUUUUAUGAACAUGUUAUAAUGUGUGUGCUGCAGAAAUAUACAAGGGCACUCGUGUGGUACUUAUGUGAGACACACUUCAUGAAAUUUAGCCACUCAUGUUUUCUACAUGCUAUUUUAUUUAUUGUUUUUCCUUGCAUGCUAUCUUUCGUUGUUGCCUUUAGUUUAUUUGGGAGGGGCCAUGCUGAAUCGUUUGAUAAAAAAAAAAUUAAAUGCUAGCAUGUAAUAUAGAAUACACCUUAGAAGAAAAGAUUUAUAAGAUUUCUCCCAGAAAAAUUAAAACUAUUAGAUAAAUAGUAAUUUGUGAAUUUGUUCUUUAUCAGAUGAUAAUGCAGAUGGUGAUGAAAGUGAAGAAGAUGAAGAAGACAAUGAUGACAAACUUUUACCACCUGAAAAGAAAAUGAAGGCAUGAUAAAAAGAACCCUUCAAAUAUUCAAUUGACUGUUUAAGUUAUGUUUCUAUCUUAUGAACAUUUAUAACUUUACAUUUUUUAAUAACAAGUGCAAUGAUGCUUCUCACCAUUUUGUUGUUUUGUUAUUUCUGAUCAUGUACCUGAACAGGCAGCUUAAUAAACUCUGAUAGUACUAUUUUUAAAUUUUUAACUGGUUGUUUGAAUUUUGAAUAGUCUGUCCCUAUCAAAGUUAAUCAAUUUUAACUAUUUGGUUAACAAUGGCAUCAUUAUAUUCUAGAGUUAUUUCAUUACACGGCUUAAAUUUAUGAAAAGAUAGAAAAAGGGUGAGAAAGCCUGUAAUGCUGCAGUCCUGACAUUCACAUCUCACCAACUGCAAGAAAAAGUCAACAAUGAUAAAAUUUUCAUCCAUUUUAUUUACCUUUUUUAAUGACAUCAAUAAAUAGCCCCUUACAAACAUUUUUGUAAACAUUUAAAUUUAAUAUGACGAGAUAAGAUUCUUAUAUUGAUCAAAACAAAUGAAAAUUGUUUUGAUUACAUUGUUGAGAUAUCAAUAAAAACAGGCAGUUAAAAAUUCUUCUGAUUAACUUUACAAAUAUUAUAUUUAAUGACAGUUUUAAAAUAGAUUUUUGAAACAUAAACCUAGAAAUUUAGGGCUUCUCAUAUAAAUUUCAGUCUAGUGAAACUUAAGGGAUUACAAAUGAAACAACUGCCUUUCAAUGAAAUAAUAAGUCUGGUUAAAUAUACUGAAUAAUAAUGGAUAAUAAGCUGUGGUACAAAAACUUUCGGAGACAUCAGACUCUGCAUCCAGGAUAAAUUGUAUCUACAUG